AAAAAAGAAAAACACCCCCCAGUCAUGUGACUCCUACGUCAUCACGUGACUUGCGGGCGCAACCAAACAUGCUAGUGUUGUUGCUUCCGAGUGCCGAGGCACAACUGUGUUUACACCAGUGUUACAUGGACCGUUUUUUAAAAACAUUUAUUUAAAGGCGAAUUAAUAUUGUAGAACCGUGUCGUACAUCUGUUAGGGAUGCUACGAUGGAGUUAAAAUGGAAUAGUUCACCCUCCUAAAAAAAAAAAAUGUGAAUGAUUAUUUCGAAGGGAACCAGCAGACGACAGACCGCCUUGAUAACCCGACUUGUUAAAGAUGGCAGGUGGGAACCUCCUCAGCAAGGUGCGGUCCGCCUUCAGGAGAGAGCGCAGCGACUGGGACCUGAGCGACACGGCGCCCUUCGACUUCUCCGACGAGCUGGUGGAGGAUGAGACGCCCAAAUUCAACAAGCUGAAGGUCGUGGUCUCCGGGGAGAUGUCGGACUACUCCGCCGGGGCUCCGUCCAACGGGGUGGCGGUGAGCACGCUGGCGGUGACGGACGACGACGACUGCCUGCUCGACUCCGCGUCCAGCCUGGGCAGCCCCGGGUUAAACAUGGACCCCUGCGACAACUGCAACAAGAAGAGGGAGAGGAUCAAACACAAGAGGGUGAUGAAGAGGCUCGUCUUUGCAGCGUUGCUGUAUUUCUUUUUCAUGACAGCUGAGAUUGUUGGUGGUUACAUGUCAAACAGCUUAGCCAUUAUGACAGACGCUGUGCACAUGCUGACAGAUGUCGUGGGAAUUUUGUUUUCUCUGCUGGCCCUCUGGCUCUCCACCAAGCCGCCCACGAGCCGAUUCACUUUCGGCCUGCAUCGUCUCGAGGUGGUAUCGGCGGUCCUCAGUGUGGUGCUCAUCUACAUUCUGACGGCCGUGUUGCUCUAUGAGGCGGUUCAGAGGACGGUGCACCAGGAGUUCGACAUAGAUGGAGACGUCAUGCUCAUCACUGCAGCUGUGGGGGUGGCUGUCAACCUCAUAAUGGGUUUCUUGUUAAACCAAAAUGGCCACCUCCACUCUCACGGCCACGGCCACUCUCACGGCCACUCUCACGGCUCUGCAGCCGCCUCCAGUUCACAGUCAGCCGGGUCAGGUCAGCAGCACGGCAGCCUGGCUGUAAGAGCAGCCUUCAUCCACGCUUUGGGAGACCUCGUCCAGAGUGUCGGGGUUCUCAUAGCGGCCUACAUUGUCCGCUUCAAGCCAGAGUUUAAGUUGGCGGACCCCAUCUGUACCUACAUCUUCUCCAUUCUGGUUCUCUUCACUACAUUUCGCAUCAUACGAGACACAACAGUCAUCGUGCUGGAGGGUGUUCCCAGACAUCUGGACUCUCUGAGAAUCAAAGAGGACCUCCUGAAGCUGGAGGACGUCCAGUCAGUCGAUGAGCUGAAUGUCUGGGCGCUGACGGCGGACAAGACUGCAGCAAUAGUGCAUCUGCAGCUCGCUCCUUCUAGCGCCGACAGCUGGGAGGACGUCCAGGCGAAGGCCCGCCACCUGCUGCUUCACACCUACGGUCUCACCAGGUGCACCGUGCAGGUGCAGACGCACAGGCUGAGGCCGGUACACAACUGUACACACUGCCAGCAGUCCAAUGCCUGAAGAGAGAGAGAGAGAGAGACUCAUGCUGGCGUUCCAUCGAGCAGUUCAUGGAGCCGGGAUGACGCACCGACAGGAGAAACGGUAUUCGGUAUGUAAAUCAAAAAGACUGGUGCCAAAAAACCGUCAGGGAGAUGCACAUUUAUAAUUAAGGACGACUACGGCCUCCAGGGACCUUCCGCCCUCACGCUCGCAAAACGCUUUCGGACCGAAGAGAAUGAACAAAAAAAAAAGAAAAGAAAACAACUUGCUCUUAAUUCACCAUCGAAGCCUAUUACAACGGUUAACUUUUAGUUUUUGUAUUUUUUACCGUUUGAUUUGUGACAACUUUCGUUUUGUCAUCGGUUGUAAAUUUGACUUUUUUUGUUACAAGGUGUGAGGACUGUGUGCGAGGAAUUUAUUAUUUUAGUGAGGAUGUCGGCACAUGAAAAGGUCCCUCGUUAACGUUCGAUAACUGUGGCCACAAUGCAUAUAGGCCGUCCUCGCCUCUUAAUCAUUAAUAUUCUUCAGCCAAAGUCUGUUGUAAGGACGAUUUCUUUCUUUCUUUAAAAAAAAUAGAAAACAACCGUAAGUAUUCUUAUAUCGGUUAUAACUGACAAACAGUUAAAUUACACUUCUAACAUUUUACUCUAGCAUGUCUCUUUAUUCAUUGCGGGAAAGCUCGCAACUCAACUGACAAUCAAAGUGUGCCUGACUUUGAAAAUGGGUAAAAAAAACGCUACAGUGGUCGGACCGGCGUCAGCACGGUUUCAGACUCGCACUUAAAGCUCGGCUUCAUUUCAUAUCUAACUGACGGUAUAUUAAUGCAGAUAGGUUUGGCUAAACUUCAGUAUUUCAAAGAGGCGAGGUGUGAGUUGAAAUUUGCCAAUAAGGGUGUUCAUAACGUUUCUUUGUGAUCAAGUAGUGACUGUCGGUUUUAUGUUGACCUUUCCAUGUCGGAUAUUAAUCAUCACAGGAAAUCAGGAACUGGAUCACUGUUUUAGUUUAUAAUAAAGUAUGUCAUCUUU